AUGCGUCCAUUCACACCGAGACUCCUCAGGAGGAAACCGCCGAUACGCAUGCAACCGGCGGCACAAUGGCGGCGUUCGUUGCACCUGGCACCGCCCUUCCUCCUCGACGACUACAUGCCUCGGUACAUGAUGAUGUCCUCGGUCGAUUCCGCCAUGAAACGUUCCAGAGCCUACGCGCAUCUCCGUAAUUGUAACUUGUGCCCCCGUGAAUGCGGCGUCAACCGUUAUGAGACGACGGGGAUGUGCUUGAUUGGCGACACGGCCAAGGUCAAUGUCAUUGCUCCCCAUUUCGGAGAGGAACCAUGUGUUCAGGGACAUAAUGGAAGCGGUUCUGUAUUCUUCAGCAUGUGCAACCUGCGCUGCUCUUUCUGCCAAAACCAUGACAUCUCGCAUCAGAGAAACGGCAUGGACCUGACGCCAGAGGAGCUCGGAGACUGGUUCAUCAAGCUCCAGCAGGUGGGCAGCGUCCACAACAUCAACCUCAUCACGCCAGAGCACGUCGUGCCCCAGGUCGCCCUGGCCAUCCUCCACGCCAAGGACAACGGGCUCAGGGUGCCCGUCAUCUACAACACGUCGGCGUACGACUCGCUGGCAUCGCUGGAGCUCCUUGACGGCUUGGUCGACAUCUACCUGCCGGACUUCAAGCUGUGGGAGCCCGCAUCCACAAAGCGCCUCCUCAAGGCCGAGGACUACGCCGCCACGGCUCGCGAGAGCAUCAAAGCCAUGCAGGCCCAGGUGGGCGACCUGUGCUUCACCCCUGAUGGGAUCGCCAAGAAGGGUCUCUUGGUGAGGCAUCUGGUCAUGCCCGGCUACGAAGCCGAGGGCGAGAUCAUUAUGCGGUUCCUCGCCGAGGAGGUUUCGAAGGACUGCUUCGUCAACAUCAUGGAGCAGUACCAUCCGGAUGCCCACGUCGGAAAGCCGAAGCGGAGGUCGAAGAAGGGCUCAGAGGCCGAGGAAAUCACAGACGAUGUCCGGUAUGCGGAUAUCAACCGGGCAGUGACGCAAGAGGAGAUCUCGACCGUGAGGAAAGCGGCGGAAAAAGCAGGACUAUGGCGGUUCUGCGAUCCACCCAAGCACGACGGCUUCAAUCUAUGA